GAAGUGGUGGUUGCUAUGGCCACUCGGGAGAGGUUUCCGCCGGCCAAAGAAGAGGCGGUGGCCGCGCGGGGUGGUGGCCGGUCGGGAAGACUCGUUUCCAUGGUGCCCAGCAAGUUCCGGGCCGGGGGCGGCGGCAGGCCCGGGCCCAGCCCUGUUAACAACUGUGGGCUUCAUCUGGUUAUCCAAACCUCAUCAGUGGCAGAGAGAAAUAAACCAUUUGAAUUCAGGGUAAAUAAAGACCAGUCGUCUUUCCACAACAGGCUCUUGCAACAUGAUCUGGAAAAAAACCAUUCAGGAAAACAAGGAGAUGGAAGAUUGUUGACCCCUUUGGUGCGUAAUAAGCAGGUGUAUGUCCCAGUAGCAGCCAAUUUGGCAGACCUUUCUGGUCUGGAAUUGAAACAAGGUGGAGGCUGUCUAUCAGCAUUUGGGGAUUCUUCUAUUCAUACUCCUACAAAAUCCAGAACCCGACAGGGCUGUCAUAGUGCCGGUCCAAAUAUUUCAGAUAACAUACAUUUUGGGAGCAGUGCAUCAAUCACAGCAUUUCCCAUUCUGCAUCGUGCUGCUGAUGAAAAAAUACUGAAUUCUGAUAGGCUGACCCUUGAAAGGCAAAAGCUGACAGUUUGUCCAGUUAUCGAUGGGGAAGAACAUCUUCGUCUGUUGAACUUCCAGCAUAACUUUAUAACUCGGAUCCAGAAUAUCUCUAAUCUGCAGCAUCUUGUUUUCUUAGAUUUAUAUGAUAAUCAGAUAGAGGAAAUCAGUGGGCUUUCAACUCUCAGGUCUCUACGUGUCCUCCUGUUGGGGAAGAACAGAAUAAAGAAAAUCUCAAAUCUGGAGAACUUGAAAAAUCUUGAUGUUUUGGAUCUUCAUGGAAAUCAGAUUGCUAAAAUAGAAAAUAUCAAUCAUUUGGGUGAACUCAGAGUGUUAAAUCUUGCCAGAAACCUUUUAAGCUAUGUAGAAAACCUUAAUGGACUGGAUUCACUGACAGAACUUAACCUUCGUCAUAAUCAAAUCACCUCCAUGAAAGAUGUGGAUACUUUGCCCUGCCUCCAGCAUCUGUUUCUCAGCUUUAACAAUAUAUCAAGUUUUGACAACAUUCUGUGCCUUGCUGAUUCCUCAUCCCUGUCUGAUAUCACCCUUGAUGGCAAUCCAAUAGCUCAGGAGACAUGGUACAAGAACACUAUUCUUCAUCAUAUGAUGCAGCUCCGACAGUUGGAUAUGAAGAGAAUCACGCAAUGCAUUCGGAGAAUUUCAUGUGGCUUCUAUAUCAUGUUUCAGGAAAAGAAACGAUUGACAAUUGGCAACAUUGCUCGCCAAUGGGAGAUUCAGCAGAAUCGAGUUGCCCAUGUGACGUCUUCAAAUCAAGAUAAAAAAGACAGUGACUCCUGUCAGAUUAAUGGCAGUGCUGCAUAUGUAUUUCCUGAAGAAACCAGGUCUCUUGACACAAUACUGAGCAAUUCUGUACAAGGCUUAUCUGUCCUCGAUUCUCACUUAGUCGAAGUGGAGGGAGACACUCUUUACUUGUAUGGUUCUGGAGCUCUGGAAUCCCUCGAUCGAAACUGGAGCGUUCAGACAGCUGGAACUGUCAUCACAGUCUCUUUUAUGUUCAUAGAAUUUGAUGAAAUUGUUCAAGUGUUACCAAAACUGAAGAUCAGAUUUCCUAAUUCUGUGCACCUGAAGUUUAAGGAGACAAAUAUUGUUACGUUGCAGCAGUUUAAUGCAUUAGCACAGGUGCGUCGCAUUGAACAGUUGACAGUUGAUCCUCAGGGAAAUCCAGUUGUCAACUUUACUCUCUGGAAAUACUAUGUUCUGUUUAGACUGAACCAUUUUAAUCUGCAGAAGAUAAAUGGAACUGAGGUUACUCAGAAUGAUAUAGUAAUGGCUGAAAGGCUCUUUGGCAUUCUUGCACAUGUAGCAUCUUCUGAAUUGCCCCAGUAUCGCCUGCUUUCACUACUUGGAGAAUCCAGGAAGAAGCAAUUCUGUUGUAUGCUAGAGGCAAAGGGGAAGAAAUCUGGGAUUGUCAGUGAAGAAAGUAAUGACAGCAGAAGAGUUGGAGGAGAAAAUGCAAAUCGAGCUAUAUUGAAUUAUACCACAAGGGAGUUUCAUACAGAAAAACUUGAGGAAAUCAAGGAGAGAAAGAAAUUUUGCCAGACAUACAUACAAGACUUAGUGAAAGAAGCUGCUGACAUCAAUAUGAAAAAUGAGUCUUUGCAGAAGCUGUGGCCUCAGAUGUUCAUUGAGCUUGUCAGGGAUGCGGUGAUAGAAAUACGUAAUAAAAAUUCCUACAUGAAACUCUGCCUACAGCGGAUCACUGAUCAAAAAUAGCAAAGUUGAUUCCUGCUGACUUGCAAGCUAUUGGUCAGUAUUGUAUGUUAUGUUUCACAAAGAAAUAAAACAAAAGAAUAUAAAAUUACCAUCACUGUAGGACACUUUUUAAAGGAUGCCUUUAAAUUCAAUGAGCUCUGUUUUUACAGCUAAUGUUUCUCUCUCUAGUUUUCAAAACAAAAGUUUUCUUUUAUACAAGUUUUCUUGUAUAAAAUUCUAACGGUGCAUCCUUAGCUAAAGUGAUGACAUAGAAAUAACUUGACAGCUGUGCCAUGGUUUACUAAGUCUUCUUUUUUACUUUUUGUUGUUGCUGAUGCUACUGCUGUAGUGCUAAAGCAUUGGUUUAAAGGAAGAAGUUCACACUCUGAUGCUUGCCUUAUGGUUUUUAUUGAACACUUUUGAGUUGUUUUCUUUUUUACUAUUUGCUGCUGUGGUUAAAAAUAUUCACAGUUCAGAAUAUUGUUUUUUAUGAGUUGAAGCUAAUAAAUUAUUAUGUUUACACUCCCUGAGCCUAAUCAUUUAAGACUGAAUAUUAUUUAAUACAAUGGAUUGUAAAACUGCAUGUUGUCAGUUCAGUAUUGUUACAAAAGGAGUACAUUUUACCAAAAUAAAACUAAUUGAAGAUCCUCAACUAAA